AUGGCCGCCGCGCUCCACCGCCGUCUCCUCCUACUCGCCGUCCUCACCGUCUCCGCUCUCCUCCCCCGCGCCGCGGCCGUACGCCCCUUCGUGCUGGUCCUCUCCGGCGAAGACUUCCUCAAGGACCCCUCUGGCGCGCACCCCUCGCUGCCAUCCGCCGACGGGGACAGCGAGGACUGGGAUGACUUCGCGGACGACUCCCCCGCCACCGACCCCCUCCUCUCCCCGUCCUCCUGGAUCCCCCUCCUUGACCCCACCACCCCCUCCCCGUCGGGCGAUCAGCAGGACCCACCGUCCGAUGCGCUCUUCGUCGCGGGCGUCCGCGCCAUGAUCUCAGCGGCAUCCUCGGGGGACGAAGCCGCUUUCUCCACUGCGUCCGCGCAGAUCGACGCUGCAGCCACUGGGGGACACCCCGGCGCACAGUCAGCGCUGGCGUUUCUCUCCGGAGCUGGAAUGGCGCGCCCGGUCUCCCGCUCGCGCGCGUUCCUGCUGGACAAAUUCGCCGCCGACGCAGGUGACCUCCAGUCUAAGAUGGCGCUCGCCUACGCCUAUUUUCGCCAGGAGAUGUAUGAAGAGGCUGUCACACUAUAUGCCGAACUUGCAGAAGCUGCUCUUACAAGCUCCUUAAUCUCGAUGGAGCCACCAGUGAUUGAACCAGUUCGGCUGCACAGUGGAACUGAAGAAAACAAGGAGGCCUUGAGGAAGUCCCGUGGUGAGGAUGAUGAAGAUUUUCAAAUCACGGAGUACCAGGCACAACGAGGCAAUGCUGCCGCAAUGUAUAAAUUAGGGCUUCUGUACUACUAUGGACUACGAGGACUCAGACGUGAUUAUGGCAAAUCAUAUUAUUGGUUCUCUAAGGCUGUGGAGAAAGACGAGCCACGUGCUAUGGAGCUUAUGGGGGAGAUCUUUGCUAGAGGUGCUGGAGUGGAAAGAAACUACACCCUAGCAUACAGGUGGUUGAGACUUGCAGCACAGCAGGAACAGUACUCAGCUUACAAUGGACUGGGUUAUCUCUACGUGAAAGGCUAUGGGGUGGAGAAGAACUUGACAAAAGCAACAGUUUUGUACAAGUCUGUUGCUGAGAGGGGCCCCUGGAGCUCGAUGUCUAGGUGGGCUCUAGAAUCUUAUUUAAAAGGCGACAUAGGGAAGGCAUUGCUCUUAUAUUCUAGAAUGGCAGAUCUUGGGUACGAGGUUGCCCAAAGCAAUGCCGCCUGGAUUCUUGAUAGAUAUGGCGAUGAACAUAUUUGCAUGGGAGAAUCUGGCUUCUGUUCAGAUAUGGAAAGACAUCUCCGUGCACAUGCUUUGUGGUGGCAAGCAUCUGAGCAGGGUAAUGAGCAUGCUGCUCUGUUGAUUGGCGAUGCCUACUACUAUGGCCGGGGUGUAGGGAGGGACUAUGAGCGUGCAGCAGAGGCAUAUAUGCAUGCUCAAUCACAGUCUAAUGCCCACGCCAUGUUUAACCUUGGGUACAUGCAUGAGCACGGUCAUGGACUUCCCCUUGAUCUGCACUUGGCAAAAAGAUAUUAUGAUCAGGCUGUGGAGGUGGAUUCAGCAGCUAAGCUUCCUGUCAUGCUCGCACUAACUAGUCUAUGGAUAAGGAAAAACUAUGCUGGCAGUUUUAUGGUUAAUUUUAUCGACUCGCUGCCGGAGAUGUAUCCUGUAGUUGAGGAAUGGGUGGAAGAUGUCCUGAUGGAUGAAGGGAACGCAACAAUAUUGACUCUAUUUGCUUGCCUUGUAACUGUCCUGUACUUGAGAGAGCGUCAGAGGCGUCAAGUGGUUGCAGACAACCCCCAACAGCCUGACGGUGCACCCAACUAA